AUGGUCUUGAGCGGGAAGGAAGACGACAACCAUGCCGCGCAAUCCUUCCCCGCGGAGAACGGCGAGCCCAGCACCGCAGCUGCGGAUGCGACGAAUACCACGAACACUGCAGACACUACAGACGAAACGGGAGCCGAGACGCCCAAGAUGGCUCACGACUCGAUGGUUACCGUGAGGCUCUCGGAGCCGCCCACGCUCACCCUCGAUACGACACCGGUCGACGGUGCCGAACAAGAUUCCGCCUUGCCGUCGGCUAUCGACGGCGAGCUGCUCGACGCGAGCAGCGACAGGGCCAGCGGCUUCUCCGCCUCGCAACGAGACUCGUUCGUCACCAUAUCGUCCACCGGGGCCAGCAGCCGCAACCUGCAAGAUGAACUAGGGGACUACGCUACCGAAGGCAGCACCGAAAGUGACGAUGACCAGGAGGAGGUGGAUUGGGAGCAGCUGGAAAAGACGGAGGAUGAGCAGGUCAAGGACGACGAGACCGACAACUCGACGGCACUGCUCCUGGCGCGACUGGAACAAGAGAAUGCAAAACUGGCUACUAACCCAAAGAGCGUCAAGGUGCAGGCCGCCGUUGAGCGGCCGAGUACCAGUAGGCCUCGGCCACCUUCCAUGGCUCAGCUGCGCCAGAUGGUCCACGGCCCGACGCCUCCGGCGCUCAGGUACUCGAUGCUCCCGCCCCCUCCCAUGACGGACCUGGAAUUCUAUGCCGCUCUGGUCAAGGACUAUCAACAGACGGCCGCGCGAUUGCCGACCCUCUUGUCAAACAAGAUCCGCAAAGGCAUCCCACCGCCCUUGCGUGGUGUCGUCUGGCAGAGCAUGUCUGGUGCGCGCGACUCGGUCCUCGAGGAGCAAUAUGAGCGUUUCUGCGGCGAGUCCAGCCCUUACGAGCCCCUCAUCGGCAAGGACCUGGGUAGAAGCUUUCCGGGCGUCGACAUGUUCCGCGACUCGGAAGGAGACGGACAGCGCAUGCUCGGACGUGUCCUCAAGUCUUUCAGUCUGUACGACACCAAGAUUGGCUAUUGCCAAGGUCUCGCAUUUCUGGUUGGCCCGCUGUUGAUGCACAUGCCGGACAAACAGGCGUUUUGCGUUCUGGUCAGGUUGAUGGAGCGAUAUGACUUGCGCGCCUGCUUCCUGCCGGACCUCUCUGGACUGCAUGUCCGCAUAUAUCAGUUCCGCCAGCUGCUUCGCCAAAGUCUUCCGACGUUGUCAGCUCACCUGGAUGAGCUGCAGGUGGAGACUGCCUACGUCUCACAGUGGUUCCUCAGCUUCUUCGCGGUCACAUGCCCGUUGCCCAUGCUGUUUCGCAUCUACGACGUGAUCUUCGCCGAAGGGGCUUCCGAGACCCUGAUGAGGGUUGCCCUCUCUCUCAUGAGGAAGAACGAAGAACGAUUGCUUGCUUGCACGGAGCUAGAAGAUGUGAUGCAGCUGCUCCUUUCUCGAGGGCUGUGGGACUGCUAUCACUACGACGCCGACGAGUUCGUCCAAGACUUUGUGGGCCUCACUGCCGUCGUGUCAAGGGAAAGACUCUCGCAACUGGAGCAGGGCUACAGGGAGUCUCUGGUUGUGACGGCCAACGCGGCGCGAGCUUCGGACAUCACCACUGCUGCGACCCGCUUCCUCGGCCGAAUAUGGGCAUCGUCGGCUGGUGCCAAGCAUGCCACGCUCGCCCCCGGUCUUACCGCCCCGUCACGGCCGUUGAGUAUGCUACGGCGCAGCGCAUCAAAGCAGAGCAUAGCGUCAACGCUGAACUCCAUCGAGGCCAGCUCGGCCAGCGUCGCGAGCUCCUCCUUGACAGACGCCACCACCGUCUCCCGCGCGUCCUCCAAUGCCGAGGAUGAAUCAUCGAGUCGCGAAUCAACGCCCGUUGGCCCCAAGUUGGCGACAGGCGGCGCCAAGUCCGCCGACGAGAGAUAUCUGCACAGCCAGAUUGAGGACUUGUUAACGGCCCUUAGCGAGCUGCAGCGGAACCAUGCCCUUCAGACCAACCAGCUGCAGUGGGAGCGGGAGGAGCGAGAAGAGGACCGUAAGGCGGUCCGAUUGUUGCUCGACGGGCUGAGGAAGAGGGCAACAAGCCAGGAUGCACCGGCGGACGAAGAGGCGGCAGAUGACGCGGCUGUUGAUUCUGCCACGGACUCGGAGGCAGUAUCCGAACCAGCUACUCCUACCGAGACCCCUGCACCGUCAACUGAGGAUCUCUCAGAGCUACUCGACAGGGUAGAGACACGAUUUGGAGACGAGAGCAAGAAGCAUCGGUCUUCACUGGCACAGUCCAAGUCCCAACUCCGAGAGGAGCUACUGACGGUCAAGGACCAGCUGGUCAGCGCAAUGUCCCUGUCUCAGGAAUUGAAUCGCCGAAUCUACGACAUGAACCAGGAGAUAACAUCUUUGAAGGAGCAGUUGCGAGAGCGGCACGGGCAUGUGCGGACGCUUCAUCAGGACAACCAAAGGUUAGAGAAGCAGAUUCACGGCCUUCGCACGAGAGCGUCGGCGGGAUCAGCGAUUGAGCCCAGCCGAGAGACGGAGUCGGAGUGGCCUCUCAAGAGCAGCAGCAGCGGUGGGCUGAGAGAAUUCAAACUCGGUCGCAGUGUGUCGACGCCCUCACAUGCACCCGAGUUCAACAAGCGGCAAUCGUCGCUGCCGCAACCGCACGAGCAUAUCGCGUCAUCUGCCGCGUCGUCUGGGACCGUGACCCCGCCCAAUGAGCAAGAGGCCCUGCUUCUGGAGCUCGUGCAGGCCAAGACGGCCGAGGCGACGGCGAAGCAGGAAGCGGAAGAGGCGAAGCAAAAGUUGGAAGCCCUCCGCAAGGCCUACGGCAUGGCGCCGGGCGACUCCCCCGGAGCUGCGAACCCAACACUUGGCAUGGGGGUGUUUGGACGGCUUACUGGGCAUGCUCCAACGCCAUCCUCGGACCAGAGCGCCAAGCCACCGGGAUCAACGUCAGGUACUCCUCCUGCCGCCGGCGGAUUCUGGGGCUGGCGACGGUGA